GCAGCGGAUUCUUCUCUAGAGGAUGUACCGUGUUACCGGAGGGAAACGGCGGAGAGUCUUUCCGGGGGCCCUUCCGUGAGAAACGAAUGAGGACGGAGCGAACAGACGUGGAUAUUGGACUCGAUCUUCGCGAAGGACACAAAGUGCUGGGAGGAUUUUGCUGUAUUUGUGGAGCGCUUCAGAUCGUCCGUCCCGUGUCACACGAUGCUGAACAUGUAAAGAUCCGGACUGAGGGGUCGCCCUCCAGGGCCGUCGUCUCUCUCCAUCUGGGAUCAUGUUCUAGAGCCGACCCUGCGCAGCAACCAUGAAAGGCUUAGGGGCCAACCAUAGCCGCCAUCUGUCAGAGACCUGCGACCCCACCGCGGGCCCCCAGGAGCCCCUGUGUCCAUUGGCCCCGGACCCCCACGCCACCUUCCUCCUGAGCCCCAAUGUCAACCACUACGCCACUCUUGAUCCUCACCUCCAUCAUUUUCCUGUGUCCACCCCGACGAUGCUGCAGUCGGACUACCUGCUGCCCCUCAACAACCAGCUGAGCACCAGCAGCACGUUCCCUCGCCUCCACUACACCAACCAGCCCGAGCAGAGCGACUACACACAGCAGGCUUGUGUGGCUCAGACCGGCAGUCACUCGGGCACGCUCACGUCCUCCAUGUCCAUGGGCAUGGGUUUGGGUCUGGGACUGGGCGCUCCAGCCAUGAUCAGCAGCGGCACAGCCACCAUCUCAUCCGCGGCCGCCGCCAAGAUGAACCGGCUCCCGGCCAACCUGCUGGACCAGCUGGAGCGCCACCUACCCCUGCAGCGGGACGGCUUCAGCACGCUACAGUUCCACCGGCGCAGCCGCGGCUCCAAGCAGCGCAGCGAGAGUCCCAGCCGCAUCCGCAACCUGGUGCAGUCCGUCCAGAAGCUGUUCGCCAAGUCCCAGUCCAUGGAGGUGUCGGCGGUCAAAGGGAGCAUCACCGCAGGCCCAGCCGAAGACGCGGCUAAAGCGGCCCGCCGCAGCAAAAGCAAAGACCGCGCCAAGACCGAAGGCACCAAACGCCACCCGCGGCCCAAUCUCUCAGGCUUCUGGAGCUCGGAUGACGGUUUGGAGGACGAGGCGCCGGCUCAAACCGCCGCCGGGCCAUUAGCAGUGGCUUAUAGAAACCCUCUCAGCAUGAUGACGCUGGGCAGGGCCGUGUCGGACAGUCAGGCGGCUCCAAGACCACAUCCGCAGGGCUACAACACCAUCGCAGCGCAUUCACUCAAAUCCUCCAAGAGCAGUGGAGAUCUCAAGCCCACCGUCAGCCUGCCGGCCUCCACGGGCCAGACGGGGGAACAUUCGCUGGUCAAGAGGGGCUCGUGGUCCACGCUGACCCUCUGUCAGGCUCGACAGGUGCUCCAGAAGGGAUCCGCCACCGUCAACCGCACCCUGCUCAAGUCCAAGUCCUGCCACGGCCAGGAGAUGACCUGCAACUUCCUCCAGGUGCCUGCGGGUGACUGGAGCGGGACGACGGGUAAGGGAGGCGGCGGUGUGGGGGAUAUCCCGUGCAGACGGAUGCGCAGCGGCAGUUAUGUUAAAGCCAUGGGAGACAUGGAGGACAGCGACGACUCGGACGGACCCCCUUCACCCAAACCCUCUCCAAAAUCCGCCGCCAGACGCCAGAGUUACCUGAAGGCCACACAGCACUCGCUCAAUGAACAGCAGCCGCCGCUGCUACCCCCUCGCAGUUGUAUGCCGUCUCUAUGCGAGGUCUCCACCAAUCGCAGCUUGGAUAACCUGGAGUGUCUGAUGGGAGCGAACGAGGCAGCUCUGCAGCACUGGGACGCUGAUGGGGGCUUCGGUCAGCGCUGCUCCACACUGGGACGAGGCUCCACCAUGGGACAGGUGGAGCAGGGCUACCGGAGCGGUGCGGCGUACGGUCAGCUGGACUCUCAGGCGCUGGAGGCCUUGGAUCUGCCCACACCCAGCUGCUUCCGCUCCCGGAGCCACAGUUACCUGCGCGCCAUCCAGGCCGGCUGCUCUCAAGACGACGACACGGGCUCCGCAGACUCCGACGAGACACCACCCAUAACCUCAUCCAUCAGCAGCUACAGCAGCGCCACCGUCUCCACGUGUAGGGCCGUCUAUAAGAAGAAUCCUCCGCCUAUUCCUCCUCGAACCACCUCCAAACCCUACAUUGCGGUGACCGUCCAGAGCAGCACCGAAUCGGCCCAGGACACGUACCUGGACAGCCAGGACCAGCGCAGCGAGGUCAACAGCCAAUCAGGACGCAGCAACUCCUCCGACAGCAUCGCCAGCUCUCGGACAGGGAGUCUGGUCAAGGCCAAGCGGCCACCCAUCCUGCCCCCAAUCCCCGCCCCGCGGGAACCCGUGCCCCUGCCCAGCGCCAGAGUGACCACGCCUCCUCCCACCAUAGUCCCGCCCUCUCCCGCCCCAGACGCCAAAAACCAGCCAGCGAGCCUCACAGUGGCACUCAACGAUCCGCAAGCCCCGCCCAAAAGAAAACUCUCCUCCAUUGGCAUUCAGGUGGAUUGUGUGCAGCCGAUUCUGAGAGAGGAGCAAACUCCCACCACCAGGUUCCAGUCCAUCGGGGUUCAGGUUGAAAACGGCAGGCCACUCAGUCGCUACACUAGCAUGGCGUCUAGACAGGAGACGACGGAGGCCGAAUCUCAGUCCGACGGUAAACCCUCGCAGAACAAGACGCCCCACCAGAGUCUGGACUGCGGCAGCAUUCUCAAACCCUCGCUGCAGGAGAAGCUGGACCCAGCGCUGGACCCGUCCUCCCUCCCGCCGCCCGACCCGUCUCUGCAGGCUGGGAGCAUGAACGGGGCCGUGGAACAGCCUGGGGGUGCGGCGUGCCUCAGGGACGGGUGCUGGUUCCAGAAACUUCUUCAGGCCGAGACAGAGCGCAUGGAGGCCUGGUGUCAGCAGAUGGAGCAGGAGACCAAAGACAAACCGCUGUCAGAGGAGGUUUUGGGAAAGGUGCGCAGUGCCGUAGGAAGUGCUCAGCUCUUGAUGUCUCAGAAGUUCAAGCAGUUUCAGGGUCUCUGUGAGCAGAACCUGGAUGCGAGCGCUCAGCCGCGGCCCACAGCGCAGGAUCUGGCCGGGUUCUGGGAUCUGCUGCAGCUCUCCAUCGAAGACAUCAGCAUGAAGUUUGACGAGCUGCACCUCCUCAAGUCCAACGACUGGAAGAUGUGCGAGACCCAGGACAAAAAGGAGGAGAAGUCGGCUCCGUCCCACACACCAAAGAAGACGGUGAAGGUCAAACCCAGCGGAGGAAAGGAGAAGAGCAGCGACUCGCUGGCCGACAAACAGCGUCAGGAGGCCAGAAAGCGACUGAUGGCGGCCAAGCGAGCCGUUUCCGAACGACAGAACUCUGCCACCGAGAGCGCAGAGAGCAUCGAGAUCUACGUCCCCGAGGCUCAGACGCGACUCUAACCCCAAAAUAACAAACUCCUGACGAGGACACACGCACCGGGGGGUCGGAAACCACACGAGCAAAAAAAAACGAAAUCUGAAGAGCAAAAAAAGUGGAUUGGAACGCUGCCACAGAAGAACCUUCCCUCGACGUUAAUUCCCCCUUGUUAAAAUUCUAAAUGUUCUAAAAGUUAAUUAUCUCAUGGAACUAUAUCAAGACUUUGUCUGUAAAUUGUGCUAAUAUCUCUGAUGAAAAGACUUUAGAUCUCAGACCCUUGACCCGCUUCACACGUCACAUGACCCACAGCAUGCACUCAGGACCCCGCACCUGUGCACUUGUCUUCCUGCUCUCUGUUCAGUUCCCUUUCCCACCA